AUGCAGGUGCGUAAGUAUGGCAGGAAGGGUCGUUGUCGUAUCAGACGUGUGAACGGAGACACGGGGAUUCUUCCAAACAUUCUGUCAGCGAUCGGAAACACACCUUUAGUGAAGAUCAACAACAUCAGCAAGAGUGCCGGACUGAAAUGUCAACUAUUGGCCAAGUGUGAGUAUUUCAAUGCGGGAGGCAGUGUGAAAGACAGGAUCGGGCUGAGGAUGGUGGAAGAGGCAGAGCUGGAAGGCAAACUGAAGCCUGGCCAUGUCAUCAUCGAGCCGACCUCUGGCAACACAGGGAUAGGUCUGCGCGCUGGCCAUGCAGCAGUGAAAGGGCAUAUCCGCUGCAGUCAUCGUCAAUGCCAGGAGAAGAAUGAGUUUGGAGAAGGAGUGGAUGUUGUACUCAACGGUUACCGUAUCUUGCCUUUGCCAAAGGUUAAUAAACCGCUUGCUGUGUUUCCGUUCUGUGUGAAAGCAAGUGGAACCUAUCGUAAUCCAUACAACCCUGUUGCGCAUUAUGAUACGACUGCAGAGGAGAUACUGGAACAAUGUGGAGGGAAGGUGGACAUGUUGGUAGCAGGAGCAGGAACAGGUGGUACGAUCACUGGAAUUAGUAGGAAGAUCAAGGAAAAAUGCCCAAAUUGUCAGAUUAUAGGUGUUGACCCAUAUGGUUCGACCCUGGCUGCUCCAAGUGAGCUUAACGUGACUAACAUAUCGUACUAUGAAGUGGAAGGCAUUGGCUAUGAUUUUGUUCCUACUGUAUUGGACAGAAGUAGUGUGGACAAAUGGUAUAAGUCUGAGGAUAAGGAGACAUUCAUCAUGGCUAGGAGAUUGCUACGGGAAGAAGGAUUACUUUGUGGAGGCAGCAGUGGUACAGCGAUGUCCACUGCAGUGAAGGCAGCAAAAGAAUUAAAGGAGGGACAAAACUGCGUUGUCAUUCUGCCUGACUCCCUGAGAAACUACAUGACAAGGUUUCUCAGCGACAGCUGGAUGGAGGAGCGAGACUUUCUUGCGAAGGACCACAAGGCGGCGUCGGAGUGGUGGUGGAAGGAGCGUGUGUCUGCACUCAACCUGAACGCGCCCCUCACCGUCGUGCCGAGCAUGACAGUCGAGGACGCGAUCGAGAUCAUGAACACGGAGGGAUACGACCAACUGCCUGUGGUCGACGAACAGGGGUGUAUCGAUGGCAUGGUAACACUCGGGAGUCUCAUGGCAGCCGUACUUGCUGACAGGGUUAAGAAACAGACGCCCGUAUCACAGAUUCUGUACAACCAAUUCAAGACUAUUACACUGGAGACAACACUUGGGAAGCUAUCACAAAUCCUCAACACCGAUCAUUUUGCUGUUGUAUUGCAUGAACAGAAACAAUAUAGAACAAACGAAGAUUCCAUGACAAAGACUGUGAUAAUUGGUGUUGUGACAAGCAUAGACUUCCUUAACUUUCUCGCAAAGCAAACACCACCUUCUCCCGCAUAACCUGCUAUGAAGAACUUUCAGGAGUUCUGUCACACCCUAUAUGGUUGCAUAUCUGCAUGUGUUGAUAGCUAUGACCAAGAGCAUAUUAGUAUUAAGUAUACUUAUUAUAAGUAUACUUAAUACUAAGUAUACUUAAUACGCUCAUUAUAUGACACACUAUUAUGUUGUUGAAGUUUGUGAUAUAUUUUACGUAAUCAUUUCACGUCAGUAAGCACCUGGUGGAGGCAUCUAUAUAUGUUAAUAUGUGUGGAUGUUAUGUCAGUGAAUGAUGUCUAUAGUCUCAUGUUUGCUACUACAUCGUACCCAUUUAUAUGCACGUGCUAUAAGCACACAUUCCAUGGGCAGAGAUGCCAUUGCAGACAGAGCUAGAAAUUGACCAAGAUGAUUUAAAGCCCAACAAUUGUAUGUUCUUGAAAACAGUUUUUUAAAUGGCGAAAAAUGUUAUUAGAAUGGUAAAUAACCAUUUAAAACUGGGAUUUUAAACCUAUCAUUGCAAACAAUGUGAUAAAAAUAAUUUCUCUUGCAGUUGAUACUAUAUGUUUGUGUGAUCAAUAUGUCGUAUGUCAUUCUAAAACCAUUUUGGAUAAGCAUAUAUAAGGAUAUCUUGUGUUAAGUUUAAGGAUAUAGAUCUGUGAAAGUGUCUUAACAUUUCAAUAACUAAUGCAGUAAACUGCAAGCUUCUAAAUAGAGCACACGCAGGUAAACUGGAUAUAGAUUAUCUGCAUGCUGUAAUUGCAUAAUUACUUGGUGAAUUGCUACAUUAAUUUGAUUGUUGUAUUUGAUAUUAUUAUGGACACAAAAAUGCAUCUUGCAAAUUUGGGUGCACAAUUUCGGUAUGAUGAAAAUGUUGUUGGCACACAAUUUGAUAACCACAAUAAACUCCUACAGCAGAAAGCUGUUAUUGGUAAAGAAUAAAUACAAUAACGAUUA